UUGGGGGAGAGAAAAACACCACCACCCAUCCCCUCAUUCCCUCUUUCUGCCCUCAUGUUUUCUCAACACAGUCGAAUAAGGAAAACCAACAACAGUUUUAUAUUUUUGCGUGGUUUCCUUUUGUACGCAAUAUCUGCUGAUUUUUUUCCCUUUGCACGCGCGAAUCUGCGCGAGAUCGCGCGAGUAGUAUCGCGAUUGGCAUGCUUUGCAUAACAGCAAACGUCCCAGUCAAGGGUUCAGAAACAAGAUGGACGACAUAUAUGCUGAUUAAAGUUAAAAAAAAACUUAAAUUUGCAGCUAUGAUUUCAACAUUAAACUUAAAAACACUUUCUAGACUGACUCUUUCUCAAUGCUUUGUGACAAGAAGCCUUCGAACCAGCGCGAUCGCUGUUCAAAACACGCAGAAGAAAGAACUUGGCGAUCGACAAAGGCUGGUCAUCUUGGGAACUGGUUGGGGAAGCUACAGCGUGUUGAAACAAAUCGACAAGAAACUAUUUGAUGUUAUUGUGGUCAGUCCUCGUAACCACUUUCUUUUUACACCGCUGUUGUGUAGCACAACCGUAGGAACGUUGGAAUUUCGAAGUAUCAUCGAGCCGGUGAGAAACACUGGCUUUAGAGACGAGCAUCACUUUCAACAAGCAGAGGCCGUAGAGUUGCUUCCAGAUGAACACACGGUGGUCUGCAAGAGUACUUUGAACGGUGAUCGAUACGAUUUGAAGUACGAUAAACUGGUCAUUGGCGUAGGAGCUGUUAGCAAUACAUUUGGCGUUCCGGGCGUUUACGAUCAUGCCUUCUUUCUCAAGGAAAUUUCGGAUGCAAGGAUGAUCAGGAAUCAAAUUCUCAAAAAUUUUGAAUUGGCCAUGCAGCCCGGCGUCAGCGAAGAAGAGAAAAAGCGCCUGCUACAUUUUGUCAUAGUUGGGGGUGGCCCCACUGGGGUGGAGUUUGGUGCUGAGUUGUAUGACUUUGUGAAACAAGAUGUGACAAGGCUGUAUGUUCAUGAGCGCAGCAAUGUGAGAGUGACUCUGAUUGAGGCAAGGCAGAUCCUGCCAUCUUUUGAUGAAAAACUCAGAACCUUUGCAGAAAGCAAGAUGAGACAGAGAGAUCAGUUUGAACUUCUCCAGAGCAGUGUAACUCAAGUAUGUGCUGAUCACAUUCAGUUGAAAGAUGGAGAAAAAUUGCCUUGUGGUUUGGUGGUGUGGUCAACUGGCCUUGCUCCAAGGCCAUUCACUGCUUCAGUUAAACUACCCAAGAACAACAACAGUCAGCUGGUAGUUGAUAAGUUUCUCAGAGUCCAAGGAAUUGAUGAUGGCUCAAUAUUUGCAAUUGGCGACUGCUCCUUUAUUGAGGCCAAUCCAUACCCCUGCACUGCCCAGGUAGCAGAGAGGGAGGGCAGCUAUGUGGCCAAAUCCCUGGGGCUCUCAGCUCAAGGGAGGGGCUCAGAGGUGGAGCCCUUUUCCUGGAGGAACAUUGGUAUGCUGGCUUAUCUUGGAGAUUAUCAAGGACUGGCUGAUUUUCCCACAAGCAAGUUGCAAGGCUUUAAAUCAUGGAUUCUUUGGAGAUCAGUGUACUUUACCAAACUUGGGAGCUGGAGGUUGAGAUUUCAGGUACCUUUUGAUUGGAUGAGAACCUUCAUUUGGGGCAGAGAUGUUUCUCAGUUUUGAACAGACCUUAACACUUUCACUCCCAGAUCUCAAUAGUAAUUCUCCUAACUGACUACCAUAUAACUGUUAGGAUGUUAGUUUGGAGAAUUUAGUGCAUCCCUUUGUUCUCAUCACUUUUCUGUU